CCGGCUCUUCCGCUGCUCCAGCUCUGGCUCUCCCUUGAACAGCUCCUGGAGAGAACAAGGCGUGCGGAGCUCGGAUCACCAGCAUCAUGCUCCUUGGGCUUGGAUCGUAGAUCCCCUCCCUCUUUGAACAUUAAAAGAACUCCUUCGGCCAUCAGCGUCCCAGGCAGACCCAGCGAAAAAACACACACGUGAGCGAGAGAGGAGAGAAAGAGGAGGAAGAGAGAGAGAAAAAAUCUGCAACCAAGUGGACUAAAGCAAAGGGGAAAAAAAAAAAAGAGAGAGAGAGUGCUUUGCUUGCACAGCUGCAAAGUGGGAAUUUAAAGACCUGCAGAGAGAGAGAUUCCAGCUCAUCAGCACAUACACAUUGCAGAAUUACAGAUCCAGGUAGAAAUGACAUCAACAGGGAAAGAAGGCAGCGGAGCUCAACAUGCACAAUAUGUUGGACCCUAUCGUUUGGAGAAAACCCUAGGAAAAGGACAGACAGGGCUGGUGAAGUUGGGGGUUCACUGUGUCACGUGUCAGAAGGUCGCCAUAAAAAUUGUCAACAGAGAGAAGCUCAGCGAGUCGGUGCUAAUGAAGGUGGAGCGGGAAAUAGCCAUCCUGAAGUUGAUAGAACAUCCUCACGUUUUAAAGCUGCAUGAUGUUUACGAAAAUAAAAAAUAUUUGUAUUUGGUGCUAGAACACGUGUCAGGUGGGGAGCUCUUCGACUAUCUGGUAAAAAAGGGAAGAUUGACACCAAAAGAAGCCAGGAAGUUCUUCCGACAAAUCAUCUCUGCUUUAGACUUCUGCCAUAGUCAUUCAAUAUGCCACAGGGAUUUAAAACCAGAAAACUUACUGCUGGAUGAAAAGAACAACAUCCGGAUAGCAGACUUCGGGAUGGCAUCGCUGCAGGUCGGGGACAGCUUGUUAGAAACCAGUUGUGGAUCACCACAUUAUGCUUGCCCUGAAGUCAUCCGGGGAGAAAAAUACGACGGGAGGAAAGCAGACGUCUGGAGCUGCGGAGUCAUUUUGUUUGCGUUGCUAGUGGGUGCCCUGCCUUUCGAUGACGACAACUUGAGGCAGCUGCUGGAGAAGGUGAAGCGUGGGGUGUUCCACAUGCCACACUUCAUCCCCCCGGACUGCCAGAACCUGCUGCGGGGGAUGAUUGAAGUGGACGCCUCGAAACGGCUCACGCUAGAACAUAUUCAGAAACACAUAUGGUAUAUAGGGGGUAAGAACGAGCCAGAACCAGAGCAGCCAAUCCCUCGAAAGGUGCAGAUUCGUUCUCUGCCUUCCUUGGAGGAUAUUGAUCCAGACGUGUUAGAUAGCAUGCACUCGUUAGGCUGCUUCCGUGACCGAAAUAAACUCUUACAGGACUUGUUGUCAGAAGAAGAAAACCAAGAGAAAAUGAUUUAUUUUCUUCUGCUUGACCGGAAGGAGAGAUACCCUAGUCAUGAAGAUGAGGAUCUUCCCCCUAGAAAUGAAAUAGAUCCCCCCAGGAAGCGUGUGGACUCCCCAAUGCUGAACAGGCAUGGGAAGAGGCGGCCAGAGAGGAAGUCGAUGGAGGUCCUCAGCGUGACGGAUGGAGGUUCCCCAGUCCCUGCUCGCAGAGCGAUUGAAAUGGCACAACAUGGACAGAGUAAAACAAUGUUCAGUAAAAGCCUGGAUAUCUCUGAAGCCAAUCCCAAAUUCAACAAAGAAGAAAGGAUGGCGAGUGCUGAUCCAUUGGGGUCUCGGUCAAUCAGCGGAGCAUCGUCCGGGCUCUCCACCAGUCCUCUCAGCAGUCCAAGGCCUAUCAGAAAGUUCUUCAUCCCCCCUCAGACCUCCGACCUCCCUUUCUCUCCCCGACCCCAAGUCUCCUUGGACCCUGAUGCUUGUAGGAACGCCUCCAGGCCUGGACAUGUGCUCCAACCAAAGCCAGCACUUCAGCCCAACCCAAAGACGCAGACUUUGCCAUCCAAGAGCAAAUUGGCCGAAAAACCACUCCAGUCUACUAAAUCCAACCCACUGCCCGCCAGCCAUGCCAGCGCCCCCUCCUCCCAGAACAGCCCUGUGCAGCACGGCCAGGGCCGCUCGCCGGCCGCCGGCUUCAACCCGCAGCUGGCCGUUCCUAAAGUGCAGACCAACCCUAUGUCUCCUGUUAGAUUGCUCCCUUCUAGUACUGACCCGAGCACCAAAUCUAUCCCCAUCAUACAGGUCACCCCUCACCCCUCUCCAAGGGGAAGCCCCCUCCCUACCCCCAAGGGGACACCUGUCCAUACGCCAAAGGAGAGCCCAGCAGGCACACCCAACCCAACACCACCAUCCAGCCCCAGCAUUGGAGGAAUGCCCUGGAGGACACGGCUCAACUCCAUCAAGAAUAGUUUCCUGGGGUCUCCUCGCUUCCAUCGCCGGAAAUUGCAAGUACCUACUCCAGAGGAGAUGUCCAAUUUAACCCCGGAAUCAUCCCCAGAGCUUGCCAAAAAAUCCUGGUUUGGUAACUUCAUCAACUUGGAGAAAGAAGAACAGAUUUUUGUGGUCAUCAAGGACAAACCACUAAGCUCCAUUAAGGCUGAUAUCGUCCAUGCUUUCCUCUCGAUCCCAAGCCUCAGUCACAGCGUCAUCUCACAGACAAGUUUCCGUGCAGAGUACAAGUCCACAGGAGGCCCUGCUGUCUUCCAGAAGCCAGUCAAGUUCCAGGUGGACAUAACCUACACAGAAGGGGGAGAGGCACAGAAGGAGAACGGGAUCUAUUCUGUCACUUUCACACUCUUAUCAGGUCCAAGCCGUCGUUUUAAGAGGGUAGUAGAAACCAUUCAGGCACAGUUGUUAAGCACACACGACCAGCCUUCAGUGCAGCAGUUAUCAGACACCACUAACUGUAUGGAGUUGAUGACUGGCAGACUUUCCAAAUGUGGCAGCCCAUUGAGUAACUUCUUUGACGUAAUUAAACAACUUUUUUCAGACGAGAAGAACGGGCAGGAAUUAUCCCGAAAAGUUAACAUGUCAGCCACGGCUUCACCUUCUGUGCUCUGCGGACACUUGUUGACGGAAGGCAACCGAUGUAGACUGUCCAAGGACCAGUCCUGUUUGAGGUUCCCAGCCUCCCCUCUCCCUUCACGAAGUGGGCUUCUCCCCCACUUCUCCCCCAACACCUCCCCAGUGCACGCCUUUUUUUCCUCUUUUUCUUCCUUCUCUUUUUUUUUUCCCCUCCUCUUUUUUUCUUCUUCUUCUUCUUUUUUUUUUUUUUUCCGUGGUUUUGUUGUUGGUUUGGGUUUUGUUUUUUUCUUUUUCCUUUUUGAUGCUCCACAAGAGAGAUCUGCUCAGUUGUGCGAUCGCAGAGUCCGGGCUGAAAGGAAGGUUGCAAAUUGUCGGGAGUGAAACCUUAACCCUUCAGCAACUUUCUGUCCGCGCAGGUGACCCGGGCCCGCAGGGGGAGGGUGUGGGGAAGGAGCUGGGAGUAGCAGUGGUUCCGUGAAUCCAGAGCACGUUCUCAUCAGAAACCAGCCAGGAGCAACUCAAAACUAAGCGUUGAACCAAGACAAUAAUUGGGGAGCUUCACCACGGGAUUUUUUCUUAGCCUUCUUUUUCUCUCCACCACCUUUUUUUUUUUGGUCGGUUGGGUUUUUUUUUGU